AUGCCGGAGCAACCCGUUUCGGUCCUGUUCGUCUGCCUCGGCAACAUCUGCCGCUCGACAAUGGCCGAGGGCAUCUUCCGUGACAUCGCCCAGAAGCCGCCGUACAAGGGCCUCAUCGCGAAGGUGGAUUCCUGUGGCACAGCGGCGUACCACGUCGGCGACCCCCCCGACGAGCGCACGAUGAUGACUCUCGAGGACAACGGAAUCAUGGAUUACCGCCACGCCGGCCGCAAGAUCUCGGCGGCCGAUUUCAACAAGUUCGACUACAUCUUUGCCAUGGACCGAUCGAACCUGCAAGACAUCCAGAGAUUACAACAACGCGAACAACGCGCGAACUCGGAUCCGAAGGCCAAGGUGAUGUUGUUUGGCGAGUUUUCGGGAGGCCAGAAACCAGAGGUCGUUUCGGACCCGUACUACGGCGGCGGCGAGGGGUUUUCAAGGGCCUACGAACAGUGCACGCGGUUCUCGGCCAACUUUCUGAAGCAAGUCUUUCCCGACGUCGACCCGAAAGCAUGA